AUGGCCACAGGCAUGUCUCAAAUAGCCACAAAUAAACAUGCGACAGACUUGCUAAUACAAUCGACAGGCCAGCAGGGCCGCGAUGAGCGGCUACAGCAACGUCUUCGAGGUGCCCAGCGCACGAAUAUCCAGGACGAAUCCUUCAAUCUCGACUUCAACCUCGAUCUUGCAGGCCUUAACAUAGCCAGCUCGACACCCGCCGCUCCCAAACCCGCGCCGCCAACCUCAUCAGCGAAUACUUCUGCUAAGAGAAGAAGAUUAGAUAAUGAGGCUCCACCAUCGGUGUCGGCGCAGGGAAGCGCGCGAAGACGGUCGCCGAGAAUACGAUCGGAUGAUCCCUACGAAUUGCCCGACACAUCUAAGGAAUCGGACGCGCAGGAUAAUCCAGCAGAGGUAGUUGAAGUCGAAGAACAGAUCGAUGAUGCGGAGGAAACAGAAGUCGAACCGGAAUCGGAGGCAGAGCCCGAAUUGCCUAGUCCAGAGCAAUCCAUUGAAGCGCCAGAGGAGAACGAAGCAGAGAUCGAACUACCAGUCCUACCGAAUGAGAAUGCCUCUACAUCACCGGGUGCCCGACCGUCGAGUGGUAGAACAGAGGAAAAUGACCCAAGUCCCGAUGCGCCGCAGAACAUACCGAUCGACACUUUAUCAUCGAUUACUCGAUUACAUACUACACUUGCAGAAGAAGACGAUGUACCGGCAUCCUCUUCACCACUGGUCAGCAAAUUGCGCCGAAGUAGAGGUCAUUCGAUGUCCCGAUCGAGAAUAUCCCAAGGACGAGCUUCGAGAGCUACAGAAGUGAGCCAGGAUGCAGAAGAGCUUGAGCCAGAACGACCGGAUCAAGCUCCCGCAGAUGACGAGCUUUCGGAAGACAACCAAAUCGAGGAGGAGCCAGCCGAUAUUACAAUGGAACCAGCUGAGGAGGAGCUCGAGGAACCUGAGGAACCUGAGGAGGAGGAAGGGAAUACGCAGGAAGAGGAGGAAGCUGUUGCAGAGGCAAUCAGUGCAGUUGAGGCAGCCAAAACCAUUGGCAAAAAACGUCCCCGAAGAAGUCUACAAUCUCAAUCGCCCGAAGCAGAACUCGAAGAACAGGUUGAAGAGGAACCAGCAUCGAAGCGACGGCGUGGACAAUCAUCAACAAGUCUAGCGACACAGAAGCAACCAGCAGCCAAACCAAAACCCAGUACAAAGUCGAGAACAGGGCCAAAACCGCUCCCGAAACAGGUGCGCAGGACGAAGCAAGCCGAAAAAGCCCGACGGAUUAGUGAUGGCUCUGCUAUCGAGAUCACAGUACAACGCUUCGUCAAUGUUAAAAAGUAUGGCGAAGAUGAUGGCGAGGAGGAUCAACUGGCAGGGGAUGUACCGUUCAUAAUGAAUGGCGAAACAGUGGUGGAUGUUUUUUCACAUCUCUGUUUCGAAGUUAUUGAUGGGGUGGUUGCAAAGCUCUACGAUACGCUGGGCAGCACGGAAGAAAAGGAGAAGAAGAAAGAAUGCCGGAUAAAGAUAUUGGCACUCGAGGCUUAUAAAGAAGAGCUCACGUCUCGAUUACUUCAACAGGCGAUCCAUCUGAAUGACUUGCACACUCUUAGAAAACGAGUCAAAAUCGUGCAGCGCGAGAAACUCUCAUUACGAGAAGAGAUAUUACGCCUAAAAGCAGAAAGGGAACAAGUCGCUUUAAAAAUGGAUGCUGUGCGUAUCAAACAUGAAGAGGAUACCAAAGAGUCAAAAUACCGACUCGAUACCUCAACUAUAAUGCACGAUAUAGACAUGGCGGUUGAAAGGGGACGAGACGCCCCUGAACUUUCGCGCGCCCAAGAGAAAAAGGCCGAUCUGGCUAAUCUCGAACUUCUUGUGGCACGCAUAACCGAUGAAGCCAGCUCAUCGAGCUCCGCAGGCGGAAUGCUUCAACAAGUAAAAAACUUCAAUGCUUUUCUUGAACGCGCAGCGGUUGCGCUAGAAACAAAUGGCAGAUGA